CGCUCGGCGAGAAUCAGACCCUGGUAUCUGGCACAGGCGGUUGGCGAGAGUAGCAGAGAAGGCCUUCAAUGAUCCCACUCUGGCUUACACAUCAGACGCCGCCUUUCGUAUUUCCAAAUUUGCAACCAAGUGCAGACGCGUACUAUGCACGACACCAGCAGCCAAGUCGCCCAAGGCCUUUGGACCGCGCUCGAGCACGAACGCUUCCUCAUGGCGCUACGCCUGUACCCGGAAGGACCUUGGAAGGAUGUCGCCGCCAUGAUUGGCACGCGCAACGCCAAGCAGGCCCAGGCGCACAUGCAGAAAUGCAAAGAAAAGCUCUACCGGCGGAUCCGCGAGCUCCAGUCCAAGCUCGAGAACGACGACGGGCACUCGAGCAGCGACAGCGACGGCUUAGACGGGUACCCGUCGAGUCGCACGCAGCGCACCAAGCAUGCCGACACGCUCGGCAUCCAAGUGCUGCAUCCGAUUCCUUUUGAUAUCGAGCCCGCGGACGGCUUUCUGUGUCUCAACAUGCGCCACACUGCCACCGGAAACGAGCUCUCGGUCGAAGAGUCACUCGACUUUUUGAUCAGCGAGAUGAAGGGCUACGUCGAAGGCGAGUAGAUCACGUACUCAUCCUCUAAUUAUGCUUAUAUAUUACGCUAUUUUAAUACGAUAAAUUUUGCAUUGGCGGCGGU